GUAAAUUCCUCUCCCAACCCAAUCUAGUUUCAGCAGCACAACAUUUUCAGCUCCAACCAUGUGCGAAAAGGAGUGUGGCCACGACGACGACGACAAGAAGCAGCUUCUACGAUGGCUACUCAUUGGCGUGGUAGCCUUUAUCGUGGCUUUCCUCUUCGUUAUCUUUCUAUUUUGGCUAAUCACCAAGCCCACAAAACCAACCUUCGUCCUCCAGGAUGCAACACUUUAUGCAUUUAACCUCUCAUCCGUCUCAGCCCCGUCUAUCUUAACCUCUAAUCUUCAAGUCACAAUCUCCUCCCGAAACCCCAACCAGAGAAUCGGCAUUUACUACGAAAAGGUCGACGUCUACGCGUCGUACCGGAACCAGCAGAUAACUCUUCCGACUAUGAUUCCGGUGACCUACCAGGGGCACAAAGAUAUCAGCGUUUGGUCACCGUUUUUGUACGGUGAUGCCGUGCCUUUGUCGCCAUAUGUCGCAACUUCUUUGAGCCAGGACUUGAAUACUGGGAUGGUGCUGGUGAAUAUAAAGGUUGAUGGGAAAAUUAAAUGGAGGGUCGGGACAUGGAUUUCAGGAAAGUAUGGAUUAAAUGCAAACUGUCCGGCUUAUCUUUCGUUUGGUGAGAAGAGUAAAGGCAUUGCUUUUGCCACUGGAGCCGCCAUUAAGUAUCAGUUUGUGCAGGGAUGCACCGUUGAAGUUUAAUCAACAAAUUUGUAUGCUAUCAAUCUUGUUCAUCAGUAGGUUUUUUUUUCUUUGAUGAAUUAAUUACUUUGUUAUAUGAGUAAUUUCUUAUUUGGUUAAAAUAUGAAAUCAGGUUAUAAAAUUUUCCCUUAAAUCUCUUGUCGCAUCAU